AUGCACUCACACUGGGAACUUUCUGUGCUUCGUACAUGGUUUUUGUCUACCAUUCAUGAGGAAUUUAGAGGUGGAAAGAUCAACAUCCAACAAACUCAAAGAUUACUUGAGAAACUAAAUAUUCGCUGUCAUUAUGCUCACGUGAAACACGUCUUUAAGGAUACCGACAGACAGAGAACAGGAAGAAUCACCAUAGAGGAGUUUAGAUCAGUUUACCGGGUGAUAGCACACAGAGAAGAAAUCGUCGAGAUUUUCAACACAUAUUCUGAAAACCGGAAAUUUCUUUCUGAAAACAAUCUGGUUAAAUUUCUAACCCAAGAACAGUUUGCUGUAGAGAUAAAUUUAUCUAACACUUCUGAGAUAAUUGAAAAGUAUGAACCCAUUGAUGAAAUCAAAAAUGAACACCAGAUGUCAUUAGAAGGUUUUACAAGAUACAUGUGUUCACCUGAAUGUCUAGUAUUUAAACAAGAGUGUAAAGAAGUUUAUCAAGAUAUGACUCAACCAUUGAGUGAUUAUUUUAUUUCAUCUUCACAUAACACAUAUUUGAUAUCUGAUCAAUUAGUGGGACCAAGUGACCUGUGGGGAUAUGUAAGUGCCCUUGUGAAAGGAUGCCGUUGUCUGGAAAUUGACUGCUGGGAUGGAUCACAAAAUGAACCGAUUGUAUACCAUGGCUAUACACUCACCAGCAAGCUUCUCUUCAAAACUGUCAUCCAAGCAAUACACAAAUAUGCAUUCAUGACAUCCGAGUACCCCGUGGUAUUAUCCUUAGAGAACCACUGCUCCCCGUCCCAGCAGGAAGUAAUGGCAGACAUCCUGCACACCACCUUUGGAGAAUCCUUGCUUUCGGAUGUGCUUGAUGAUUUUCAGGAUAGACUGCCUUCCCCAGAGGCACUAAAAUUCAAAAUAUUAGUCAAAAAUAAGAAAAUAGGGACCCUCAUGGAAACGCGUGCAAGGAAAGGUUCUGAUAAGCACGGCCUUGUGGGUGAGUGGGAGGAAGAGGUACUGGAAGCAGAAGAGGAGGAAGAGGAAUGGAAAGAACCAGAAUCGCGUGACAGCUUUCUGUUGAAAAUCAAGCAGGAAAAGGAUACAGAGACCCAAAAGUCACUGGGAAUAGUGCUUUUCAGGAAAAAGGUGAGGAAGUUAAAAAUAGCUAUGGCUCUAUCUGACCUUGUCAUUUACACGAAGGCUGAAAAAUUCAGAAAUUUUCAGCACUCAAGACUGUAUCAGCAAUUUAAUGAGAAUAACUCUAUCGGGGAGUCACAAGCCCGAAAACUUUCCAAAAUGAGAGUUCAUGAGUUUCUCUUUCACACCAAGAAGUUCAUUACCAGAGUAUAUCCCAAAAUGACAAGAGCAGACUCUUCCAAUUUUAAUCCUCAAGAAUUUUGGAAUCUAGGCUGUCAAAUGGUGGCCUUAAAUUUCCAGACCCCUGGACUGCCCAUGGACUUGCAAAAUGGCAAAUUUUUGGAUAAUGGUGGUGCUGGAUAUAUUUUGAAGCCAUACUUCCUAAGAGACAUGGCAUCAAACUAUAACCCAAGUGAAACAUCAGCAGACAGCCUUCCUGUCACACUUUCAAUAAGGCUCAUCAGUGGAAUCCAGUUGCCUGUUAACACAUCGCCCAGUAGAGCAGACACACUGGUGAUCAUCGAAGUUUAUGGCGUCCCAAACGAUCACACAAAACAGCAGACUCGUGUCAUCAAAAGAAACGCUUUUAGUCCCAAAUGGAAUGAAACAUUCACAUUCAUUAUUCAAGUGCCAGAACUGGCAUUGAUCCGUUUUGUUGUUGAAAAUCAAGGUUUAAUAGCAGGAAAUGAAUUUCUUGGGCAAUACACUUUACCAGUUCUCUGCAUGAACAAAGGUUACCGCCGUGUUCCUCUACUUUCCAAAACAGGUGAGAGCCUCGAACCCUCUUCUCUGUUUAUUUAUGUUUGGUACAUCAGAGAAUGA